GUAACUUCCAAUUUACGGAUUACAUGUGAUAAAUCGUUAGGUUAGCGGGGUUAACCUUGGCACUAUUUCUUGGGCCAGCUCAUCGAAUCCCUGUCACUAACGACAAUGCCGAUCCGUCGAUUCGUCGAUUCAAUCUCCGUUAUUCUUUGCUAAGCCUCAUUUCUAAACUCCCACUCGACGUUGAGACACCAGCUGACACAACAACGAAUUAACGGUCAGUUAUCCGAAAGCAUAACGAAGACAAGACGGCAAAAUAAGAGGGACCUCUGGGAACGAACGUAUGAAAAUGCGCUGAAACGAUCUUGUCUAAAUUCGGGUGUGUCCAAUCGCUAUCUCGAGUUGCUCAACAUUAUCAAAGCGGAAAAGCAAUGGGCUGCUGCUUCUCGAGGUCCGCUGGCCCAAAUGCACCCUAUCCGGGCGGCAGUGCCGCGUCGCCCUCGGCGCGUGCCAUCAACUCGCAGCCGCCGUUACAUCCUUCCACGACCGACGACAGCGCUCCAGCUUCGCGGGCCGCUUCUCGCUCUCAGCAACCUCCCCAGUCGCCUCACCCGCAACAGUCGCAUUCCCACCACCACCAACAUCGAACACACGGUCAUCACCCCCCGUUAUCGCAGCACAUAGACAAGCCACUUCGCCGUCACGAAUGGGUCGCGCGCGAUCGUACGUGGACGCGCUCUCAGCUGGACACUGAGCGAGCAGACUUCUUUGACACCCGGGUCACAGGUCGGCCUGAGGUAUGGCAAGUCUUGAAGGCGACGCUGGAAGUUUUGUGGGAGGCCGACGGCAACCUCUCCAACAGGAGGGAGUCCGGGGAUGGCGAGGAGGGUGGCGCGUUGGCUACGGCGCAAAGUAUACUUAAGGCUGCCGAGGUAACGCUACCUACGGGCGAUCUAUCGAACGGCGUGUACGACGCUCUAGGGAAUUACUAUGCGCUGCCGGAAUGGAUUGUAUGUGAUCCUGUUAACGUAACCGAGGAAAGUAAUGUGAAGAGGAGCAAGAGCAACGUACGGGGGAAAGACGACGAUGACAUGAUAGGCGAGGACGAUACUACGGAAGAGAUGGAUGAAGAUGAGGCCCUGCGCCGGAGGGAGGAAAAGGGAAAAGGUGUUGCGGACAUGAAGAAUAUGGUGAAGGUCCGCGCCAGACUCAGCGAGAAUCUACCCGACGUGAUUAUAAGCGUGAGCCCCGAGGAGACCGUGAGGAGCUUUGCGAAAAGAGUAGCCGAAGAAUCCCGUCUACCUUCGACAAAACAUGUGCGCGUGGCUUACAUGGGCAAGAUUCUUAAGGAGAACUUGUCCUUGGAGAGUCAGGGCUGGAAGAAGGGCCACGUUGUGAAUGCGCUCGUCUUCAACAGGUAGUAUCGAUUGUCGACGCCCUACUAUUUGCUACACGAUGGCGUCCCUACGCAGUCGUAUCCCGCGAUUUUCACCCUGUUUUUUUCAUUUUGCGCCGCAGGAUACCGUACUCGAUUCAGGCGCGCCAGCCUUGAGACGCGAAAUCCGCCUUCCAAUCGCGCGCCGUGCGAAGUGGCACUUGGCACUAUCAUGAUAUAUUUCCACCCCGAUUCAACACGACUUAAUUCUGAGGGUUUCUUCUAUUAAUCACUAGGUAUAAUUAGCUGUCAGCGCAGCUCAUGAUGAAACCUUCACACCUUUUACGUUUGCUACCUGACGAUAACAUUGGAUUUUGGAUAAUACCCCAUUUUCGCCAUUGGCUCUAUCAUCACCUGGCAGGUUACAGGAGUUACUUAGGCGCUAUCACGGUGAAUGGCACGAUUGGCUACGUAGCCCAUUGGCAAAUGGAAUGAACGCUAUGAAAGCAUCGUCUAGGAUGACAAUUAAUAAUCAACCAUAACUCUUGACUAAAGUCAAGUACAAUAAUUAGAUCUACAUAUUUUCAUUGACUGCAAACCUUCAUCUUUGUUUUGAUAACGGCCAAGCGCAAAUGCUAGCUGAGAUAAUGCAGGUAUAUUUACUUCGAG